ACCACCAGUCAAAAAAAGUGUUUUUCUUUUCUCUUCAAUUUUCUUCAUACAACAAAACAACAAAAAUAAUAUUAUUUUUUUUCUAAGUUAUUGCAUGGAGCUUGAGAUUGAAGUUGAAGCUCUGAAGAUCUGUUUCAUCAUCUUAUGAAAGCUUUGAGAGUCAUUUGAUGCUGGAACAGGUUGUCUUUUCAUUAUAUUUAUCGUGAAUUUUUAUUGAGUUUCUAAUUGCUAUCUUUGUACUGGAAUUUGGAGGUAUGGAUCUAUACUUAUCUAAACUUUUUCGAGACACAAUUAUGUUUUUUAUUAUCAAGAUUAGAUUUUAUUCCAUAUGUGCGUGUUUGGAUUGACUUAUUUGAGCUUAUCUACUGACAUAAACACUAGUGAGACUCUUUUGGAGAACUUAUGGAAAUAGUUUAUGAUAUGUUUGUGAGACUGUUUGGGAGAACUUAUGGAAAUAGUUUAUGAUAUGUCCAAAAGUUGUUUUAAGAUUAUUUCCAUAAGCUCUCCAAGAUAGUUUAUAGAAAUAGCUUAAACGUAAGUAAUUAUAUAAUAAGUACUUAUGUUAUAAGUGUGGGGGUUUUGUAUAUAAAUUUGUUUGCAUGUUGUGGAUGGAGCACGCCCCAAGGAUAGGGUCUUUUCGCUUUUAGAAUCACGACAAUGGAAAAAGUAUCGGGUUGACUGAUAGAUAGCGCCGUGUUUGCAGGAAUUGAUGGGUGAAGUGCUAAUGAUAUGGAUAAUCCACAGUUCACUCGACGAGGGGAUUGGGUUUGUGCAUUCCUGAUAAGUACUCACCUUGUUAUUUUCUGAGUGUGGUUGAUAUAGGCUGAUGCAAUGAACAAUAAUGUUGGGAAAAAGAGUUUGGUAGAACAAAAUCAUGUGCUUAUUGACAGAAAGAGUUUAAAUAAUAGAGUAGUUAAGGAAGGGCCAGGCUCUGAAUCAUCAACUGAAAAUGACACAAGAUUUAGUAAGGUAACGAAAGAUGAAAACAAUGGGUUGAAGGGAUCAGUUCAAAUCCAUGAGAGGUUGCAGAUUUCACAACAACCACUACCUCGAAAUCCAGUUACAUACUGGGAAAAAUUUCUCCCUGUUACAUCAAUAAAAGUUCUGCUGGCCGACGAUGAUGAUUCAACACGCAAUGUUGUGUGUGCGUUGUUAAGGAAUUGUGGUUAUGAAGUCACUGCUGUUUCCAAUGGUCUCCAAGCGUGGCAAACUCUAGAAGAUCCAGAAAAUCGCAUUGAUCUUGUUCUAACAGAGGUAUCUAUGCCUUGUGUGUCUGGCAUAAGUCUUUUGUGCAAGAUCAUGAGCCACGUAUCUCUGAAGAAUAUUCCUGUGAUUAUGAUGUCUUCUCACGAUUCUAUGGGUAUAGUCUUUAAGUGCUUGUCAAAAGGUGCAGCUGAUUUUUUAGUGAAACCUAUCCGGAGGAAUGAACUUAAAAACAUCUGGCAACAUGUUUGGAGAAGAUGCCAUAGUUCUAGUGAUAGUGGGAGUGAAAGUGGGACAAACACCCGGAAAUUUGCAAAGUCAAGAAGCAUUUGUGCAUAUGACAACAAUAGUGGUAGCAAUGAUGAGAAUGAUUAUGGAAGCAGAGGCUUGAGUACUCGAGAUGGAAGUGACAAAGGAAGCGGAACUCAGAGUUCAUGGACUACAAAUCUAGCUCAAUCUCAUGAUACUCCUGAUAGCACGUGUGCCCAAGUGGUGUACACAAAGCCUGAAAACAGUAGCAGUGUGCAGAUCCAUGCCACAGAAAAAGAGUGCCAUGAACCAAUUGAUCAUCCUGAUGAGAUUGCAAUGGGUAAAGAUUUAGCAAUGGGAAUAUCUUUGAACAUGCAAGAAGGCCAUCCACUUAAGAAACUGUCUAACAAUCCAAUGCAUAAAGGGGUUAAUAAGAUGUCUGAUAUCGAUGGUAUGCAGCUCAUUAAAGGACAGAGUAAUGUCUGUGACAAAGUACAACCGGAGGAUGACAGUGAUAAAACCAGGAUGCAGGAAAAUCAAACUAUGAAUGUUGGUGUUACUGAUAGCAGCAGUCCACAGGCUGAAAGCAGAGGUUUGAACACUUCAAACGGUUUUUCUGGUUUUGCCAAAACAAAAGCAAGUUGUUGCUUCGAACAGCAUCCAUCGCUUGACCUAACAUUAAAAAGGAUGGGAGAAGUAAAAGAUGCUGAACUUGUCACAGGUGAUGAAAGUAAUGUUUUAAGACAUUCAGAUCUGUCAGCAUUCUCCAAAUAUAAUACAACUUCUGCUUACCAGGCUCAAACUGGAAAUGUAGGAAGCUGUUCCCCGCUAGACAAUAGCUCAGUUGCACCUAAUACAGAGACAAUACAGAACUUCACAUCUCAUUCAAAUGCCACUCCUCCAAAUCAACAGUCUAAUGGGAGCAACAACAUCAGUGACCUGGCUUACACUAAUAUAUAUCUUAGCACCAAACAUGAAAAUUUUGACAUGAAACCCGAGUCUGCCAGAGGGAUUGGCUCUUUUAUUUAUUCUGAACACCAAACCGUGCAAAAUAACAGUAUCUCUGCAUCUCAGAAGAAGACUUCUUCCCAGGAAGAAUGUGCCGGAAUCAUUAAAGGACAGGUAGGAGGCUCUGAACCAGGAUUCCAAGUUGAGCACACUCACCAUCAACUUCAACAUUGUAAUCGCAUCGCUCACAAGGCUGCAGAAGAUCUCCAAUCAGUUCAUGAUCUCUUACAUAAAAGCACGGCCAAAUUUGCUCAGCAAUGUAUGUCAUCAAAUGUGUUUGGAGGGCCAGAAGAAGGUAAUGCUGCUGCAAACUAUGGCUUGGAUGGAAGUGCAGCUGAGAGUGAUCAUGGGAGCAAUGGACAGGGUGGAAGCAACACUUUGACUGUCAGAAUGACAAAUGUGGAAAAUGGUGAUGCAGGAGCUGGGAGCUUUGGAGUUGGUGGCAUUGAUAAAAUAAACAUUGGAAGUGUGUCAUAUGAAGAACGAAUUGCAUUGAGAGAGGCUGCCUUGACAAAAUUUCGACUAAAGAGAAAAGAAAGAUGCUUUGAGAAGAAGGUUAGAUAUCACAGCAGGAAAAAAUUGGCAGACCAGCGGCCACGUAUUAGGGGACAAUUUGUCAAACAAAUAGUGUCUGACACUAAAGAAGAAGAAAAUAAAGAAAGCGAGGACCUUGUAUCUAUGGAUAAUUCUAGUGAUGUUCCACAGCAAUACCAAUCAAAAUCAUGAUCAUUGUUUGACUGAUUUCGUUCAAGCAACUGCAUCUAGCUUCUUUUCACUUUAGAAGCUCGGAGUUUUGUGUUAUAGAAGAAUCUACGAGUAGGUUGGCAUCUUUGUUACCUGAAAAACAGACGUUUAAUUUGAAACUUGACAAUGCUCUAGAUUCGAUUUAUGGUUGUGAGCUUAAAUUUUCAAAUGGACCCAUGUUCAUGUCUGUAAUGUGUCAACCUUGUUCAUGUUUGUAUUCUGCACAUAGCGACUAAAGUAUGAGGAUAACUACUGAUUGUAAUAUCGUAUUAACAGUUAAUAUGGUGAUAAAAUACAUUCGUGAUAUUUUCGUCCCA